GAAAUUAUUAAUAAUUUUUUCAAUAUUUUUAUUAUUUAUUUAUAAAAUAGAAUGUUUAGAUCAAAUAACUAAUAAAAACAAAGACUAUCAUUUAUAUUUGAUGGGUAAAGGAAGCAUUGCUAAAGACUAUCAAUAUUCGCGUGAUGACUUUAAUAACUAUAAAGAAGUAUCAAGUGAUUUGGUAUAUGUUGCUGCAAAUCAAACAACAGAAUUUCAACAUAAUGGAGGUUCUUCCUUUUACUUGGAUAUUGUAACAAAUAAAGAAUUUUAUAUUUUUGUUGGUAAUUUAGAAAUCGGCCCACUUUUCGAACCAGAAUCCUUCCAAAUUAAUUGUGAAACUCCACUCAAAUUUAAAAUCCUUAUACCAAAUGGAGGUUUUGCUAAAGUUUAUAUUAUUAAACUUGAUGAAUUUGAUAGAGAAGACUCAUUAAGAUUUACUGAUACAAAUAAAAAUAGUGGCUUUAUAUCAUUAGAAGGACCAUUCAAGAUGUCAAGAAAAGAUAAAAAGUUAUUUGAUGAAGCCACAUUCAACAAUUUAAAUACCAAAGCACCAGCUACCCAAAUGCCAACACCAACACCAACACCAACACCACUACCAGUUACACAAUCUCCAAGCCAAUCAGUUUUACCUGAAACCCCAACUCCAACUGAAAUUCCAACUGAGACUCCAACUGAAUCAAUUCCAACUGAAUCAAUUCCAACUGAAACCCCAACUCCAACUGAAACCCCAACUCCAACACCAACACAAUCAUCUGCAUCAGCAUCUUCAUCAUCUGCAUCAUCAAGUGAACCAAAUGAAUUAAUGCCAAUUGGUUCAACAUCUGAAUCUAUGGAAUCAAAAUCAGAAAUCACUGAAUCAUCUGAACAAUCAUCAGACUCAUCAUCUUAUUCAUCAGUCAUUAUUGAUGAUGAUAGCAAAGAUAAUUUACAAAACACAAUAACCACAACAGUUACAACUACUCAACAAAGUUCAACACAGUCAUUACACUCAUCAUCAGAAGGCGGUUAUGGAAAAAUCGAUAACUCUGGUGUUGUUGAACAAGUUUUCUAUAAAGAAAAUAAUGAUGAAAAUGAUUUGUUUGAAAUUAACAAUGCAAAUAGAAACCACAUUUCAUCAAAUUCAUUUGUAUUAUUAAUUGCCUCAUUCAUUUUAUUAAUUAUUUUUUAAAAACUAAAUUUAAUUUUUAAAUUAAAAGAAAUAAAAUAAACCACAUUGUUUUUAAUUUU